AUGGCUGGUUACGGAAACAUAAUGUUCGGCGGUAGCCUCACCUUUGACCACCGCUCUCAGGAAUGGAGCAUAUUCAAAAGUCGAUUUAUUCAGUACUGCACCGCAAAUGAUAUUAAUGAAGAGAAUGAUAAAAGUGGAAUAAAACGGCGAGCAUUAUUAUUAACGGCUUUGGUGGAAGACACAUACCGCGUAGCGCGGGAUAUCAUUUUUCCUACGCCAUUAGAAAGUGAAGAAUAUAAAUAUCUCUUGGAGAAAUUAGAUACUCAUUUUUCUUCAAGAAAGAGUACAUUUGCAGAACGUUAUCAAUUUUAUAAGGCAGAACAACGGUUAGGAGAAGAUUUGGCUGAAUGGGCGGCACGAGUGCGACAUUUAGCGCAGUAUUGUGGAUUUAAAACAGAGCUGGAGACCGCUUUGAGAGAUCGUUUUGUACUGGGAUUGGAAAACGCAAGAGAGAAAGAGAAAUUAUUUGCAGAAUCCAUUGAUACGCUAACGUUUAAUAGGGCGUUAGAAAUAGCGCAGAAUGUACGGUGUGCCCGGAUCGCAUUGCAAGCGUCGCAGACAGAAGAGAGCGCGGACGGCGCGGCUGGCUCGCGGCGGCCUCAGCUCCAGGAGGAGCCGAUUUACGCGCUGCGCACCGCCCGCACCGAAGCGGCGGCGGCGGCGGAGCUUCGCCGGUUACAUUUAACUGCUCGUCAUAGUGUUAAUCAAAAUGUGAAAAGUGUCGUUAUGCUGAGUUCAUAUGUCGAAAGUGUAAUAACAAAGGUCAUUUACAACGAAUGUGUAAAUCUAAGGUUAAAAAUUGUAAAUACUUGGCUGUGGAUGAUCACGACGACAUGGUUGAAGAUCUCACAGAGUAAGCAGUAUGGGGGACAUCGCAGAACAGAUUUUUCGAUAGGAAGUAAGGUAUUGGUGAAACAUGUAUUUAAAAAUGGUAUGAAAUAUAUUUGGAAAUUGGGAACUGUACAACGAAAAAUCGGUUCUAGGAUGUAUGUUAUUUUUGUGCAUGAUUUAAAUUGUUAUGUAAGAAAACAUGUGGAUCAGUUAUUGUCAUACAAAGGGCCAAUUUCACGUCAAAGUUCAGACGAGGUUAGUUUAAAUGGAGAAUACUCUAGUACAGAAGGAACAAACAGAAAUGGAAACGAGGAGACAGUUCCAGAGACAGUAUAUCAAUCAGUAGUUCCGGAGGAGAUAAUAACAGAUCCAAAUAUCUGCAAUCCACAGUCAUCAAAACCGUCACAUAUCACACAUCCAUCGCAAGCAUCACAUGUUGAAUCAUUCAUACCAGAAGAGAGUUCUACAAAAGUAGCCAAUGAAGGAAUCAUGGGAACAAUAACAUCACCGCUCAUAGAUAUAGACCCAGGAGAAGGAAUAUCUGGUCUAUCAGAUUCAACCACUAUAACGAAAAUAGCGGAGGAUACUCGAGCUGACGAUAUGCGCGGUGUGGGCGUGCGGGCGGCGUGCUCGGCGGCGUGCGGCGUGGGGCAGUGGGCGCGCGUGGGGCAGGGCCGCGCGCGCUGCUGCUGGGCGUGCGUCACGUGCGCGCCGCUCGCUGUCACCGCCGCGCCGCCCGCCGCCGGCUGCCGCCUCUGUGCGCCCGGACACAGGCCCGACCUGCGCCGCCUGCGAUGCCUGCCCUCGGCAGUGGAGUGGGGUACGGACGGUCACUGGGCGCGGAUCGUAGCCAUGGCGGCCGGUGGUGUAGGGCUGGCCGCGGUGGUGGUGAGCGGCGCCACGUUGUGGCGUCACCGCGCUACGCCCGUCGUGAAGUCGGCGUCGCGGGAGCUGUGCGCCCUGCUGCUGUGCUCGGCGGCGGUCUGCCACAGCGCCGCGCUGGCGGCCGCGCUGCGCCCCGCGACGGUGCCCUGUGCACUAGUGCGGCUGGCCGCGCCCGCCCUCGCCGGGGUGUACGCCGCGAUCCUGGCGCGCACUCUGCGGAUCGCACGCCUCGUGACGGCUGUGGAGAAGCGGCCGACGAUGCGUCCCCGCUUGCUGUCGUCGCGCGCACAGGUAUGGACCUGGCUGGGCCUGAGCGCGCCCGGGAUCGCUACGGCUGCGUGGAGCGCGGUACGGUGGCCGCCGACGACCCGGCUGGUGCACCCGGGGCGCGCGCGGGCCGUGCUCACGUGCGGCGGCGAGCUGGCCGCGGCGCAGCUGCCGCCGCUGGCGCCGGCGCUGGUGCUGCUGGCGGCGUGCGUGGCGGCGGCGGUGCGCACGCGCCGGCUGCCCCACAACUUCAACGAGACGCGGUUCGUGGGCGCGGCCGCGUACGCCACGUGCGUGACGUGGGUGGCGUUCUUCCCGCUGUACGCGGCCACGGCGGCGCGCACGAGCACGCUGUGCGGCUGCGUGUCGCUGUCGGCGGGCGCGUGCGUGGCGCUCUCGCUGGGCCCCAGGGUGUGGGUGUGCGUGUGCCGGCCGGCGCGCAACACCAGAGCAUACUUCCUGACAGCCACGUCCAUACGAUGUCACCUUGGAAAAUAUAGACCCGGAAAGGAAACACGAAACCCCGUCGAGAUUCAUAAAACAGGUUGCUGCGAAGCUGCUUCUCAGACGGAUACACCAGUCGGGGUCACGUGUGCGGAGGGUGGCGAGUGUGAGACGCGGGGAGCGUGUGCGCGCGUGACCCGGCUGCAGGCCGCCGGGGACGGGCGGGACGCGGGCUCGGACCCGGACCCGGACCCGGACCCGGACGCCGCCGACACCGUGCUCAUAGUACUGCUGCAUCACCGACACAUGCUGCCCCGCCUGCCAUCAACAUACGAUAUGCUUUAA